UUGUAGGAGACAGGACCAUGUUCGUAUUGAUCUCAGAUACAGUACUAACUCUAGGCACAUCAGACCAGGAUACAUCAAGGUCUCAUAUUGUACAAAUUGAAGCUUGUGAAAGUAUAUAACAGCUAUCUAGUUUAUAUCAUAUCAACAUUACUUUGACUUUCCGAGUGCCACCCUUAUGAUCCACUUAUCUGUGUCAUCGUCAUUACAGCUGGCAACGUGUCCAAGUCACACUACUAAAACACCAAGGCAUGAGUUCGGCAGAGAUUCUGGUCAAACCACGUAACGGAUGACACCAAACCAGAGGCAAUCCACUGGAUAUUACUUUGAGGAAUAUCGAACCAAUUGCAGACAAUGAAGCUGCAGUAUCGUUUCCUCAUUGUACUGGCUACGCUGAUGUCCAUGUCGGUCCUCUUCUUCGAACAUCAGCUACUCAAGACAAGGAGGAGACUACUAACACCAAGGCUCUUUCUGCAUGACCUCCAAGAUGUCGAUGACACGUUCAAAUCUGGAAACGUCAUCAAGUCAAUCAUGGAAAUAAACAGUAGAAAGGUGGUGAAGGUGAGGGGGCAUCCAACAGAUAGGUUAAGCGACAUCGACCAUGACGGGAACAUGGGCUUUCCCGACCAUCAUACGGGACCAAUGAUGAAAACACUGAAAACCAUUCAAGAGCAAACAACCCAUUUCAUCGACAAGUUUCAUAACAACGUGAAAAUGGCCGACACAUUACGAAAGGAUAUCAUUACGAGAUUUUCUGGCAAAGCAGAUGUGAUGGUCAAACAGGAUUUCGCUGGGAUUGGUCAUUCAAAGAUCAAUACGAAACAAACAGAAAGCAUCGUUUAUUUGGAACCUACUCGUGGCAUCAAAGGUCGCAACUCUGGUCAACUGAAAAUGACAUUGAACAAAGCUGACAGUAGUAAGCUUCAAAAACUCAGUAAUGUUGGGUGUGAGGUCAUAGAUGACCGGACUAGAACUAAUAUUUCGACGCCUUUUAAGAUCUAUGUGUACGACAUGCCAGCCAAGUUUACAGCCAAAGCGAUUGACUGUAUCAAGACAUCGCAUCACGCUGACUGCAUGGAUCUUGGAAGCUGCGGUAUUGGGACGGAACUGAAUAAAGAUGAUAUCUUAUCGAUCCACAACUCACACCAGUUUUCACUAGAGGUUGUCAUUCACCAUAAAAUGUUGACGAGUCCAUAUCGAACUUUGAACCCGGCCGCGGCAGACAUCUUUUAUGCACCGAUAUACGGUGGCGCCUUGUGUGAUUGCUUUCGGAACGCAACAAAGAAACGGCAAAUCGUCAAAGACUUCUUUAAGUUUUUGCUGAAGACGGAAUAUUUUAACGCAGGGCGACCGCAUCUUUCUGCGCUUCCGAGAAUACAGCGUGAGAACGCGCAUAACUCUUGGCCGAUCCUCGCUCACAAGUUGAGCCAUGAGUUGGUCUACCUGACCAUUGAGAAAGAACUGGCGCCGGAGCGUGGCCUCCGUAAUCAUAAUCCCAAGGUCAAGGUCAUCCCUGUACCAUAUCCGUCAUACGCACAUUAUCAUCCUGACGGACUUGUCAAAGACGGACAAAACAUCCGUCUGUUACGGAAACAUUUCCUGGAGAGGGACCGUAAUGUUUUUCUUUUCUGGGCAGCUGGAGGCAGGAAAAGUAACUGGCUCAGAGGCAAUAUAAUAAUGCCGCAGUUUAACUCGACAAAACUCAGCUACCGUCGAUACAUGAAUGAAUUAACAACAAAACAUCGAUUAAAAGAAACAAUGAAUAGACAUUUGAAUGUAACCAACGUAUCAUCAGAGACUUCAGUCCCAGCGUUAUGGCUACUGACACCAGAAUGCUGGAGUUACCAUCGCCAUAGUACCAUUCCAUGGAUGCAGCAUUCCACAUUUUGCCUCCAACCACCCGGAGAUUCACCGACUCGCAAAUCAAUAUAUGACUCCAUUCUCGCCGGGUGUAUACCUGUGCUGUUCGACCAUAAAUAUGGUCAAGUCCCAUUACCAUAUUCACGGAAACUGAAUUAUACCGAGUUCACUGUUUCGUUAUCAUUAGCGGAGCAGCUGCAAACAAACUAUGUUGAGAUUUUAAAGUCUCGAUAUACCGCAAAGGAUAUCAAACGUUUGCAGAAGAGACUGGUGGAAGUGGCACCUCUAUUUCAAUACAGCUUCCCGCUAAAUAACGGCGAGCCGAAAGAUGCAAUGGCACCAAUCAUGGAUGAAGUCAAGGAAGUCUUUAAGCUUUAGGGAAGGAGCCAUUUAGAAUAGACACUACCCUUGCCUUAGGAUUGUAUUUUGAUAUCACACAGUGUGACAUGAUGUCAAAAGCUGGCCACAGACCAGCAUAUGCAAUGUCAUAUCAGUAUUUCUGAUGUUGUGUAGGUUGUCAGUGAGUUAUAGUCUAAUACCGAAGAUCGAAUAUUCAACAAUGCCUCUGAUAAUGCAGUAGGUAUGUUGUGACACUCACAGAUGGUUUUAAUGGUUUUAAAUGUAACAGCUCUCAAUAAUGAUAUUCAGUUCCAACCAAUUCUCCAAGGUGGCAGCACUAGCCAGGCUCAGAGCUGCAAAACUUUGUCAACUAUUUCAGUUUGUUUCAUUGAUUUCAUUCUCUGGUUUUGAUCCUUGACCCGCUUUGGAAACAAGGCCUGUCAAUCCCUUGUAACCAAUAGCAGUUCCUUCCAUCUUGUGCCUUAAUAAACAUUGGUGAUAAGGAACCAACUCGUGUCUGCGUUAAGACUUUCUCACAACAUUUCCGAUACAUCCCCGUCCUCUCCAGUGUCUUAGUCACCUAGCAACCAGAUUUUCAUUAACACUGCCAACUUCCCAUUAAAUACAGUUUUUCUCCUAAACGCUAUUGUUGUGUAUAAUGCUAAUAAGUAGCAAAUGGUCUCAAUAUCGAUAUGAUUAGAGCAAUUUAAUAAACCAAAUGAUGUUUUGCAUUUAAUUUAAAGUAAUUUUACAUCUCAUGGAGUUGGUCGAGGAUAUGAUUAGGUUUAUUUUCUGUAAAGUUUAACUGAGAGUGAAAUUGGUAUCAAUUAAAGAUCACAGAGGAUAAUUUGA